UCUAUGCGUCAAGUGCAUGAGGAGAUGACAUCACCGGUGUUAAAGACCUUCACCUUCAUGUAUCUUGUCAUUCUAUAUCUCACUCUCCUUCUUUUUUCUGCCUCUCUUCCUCUCAUCGUAGACUAUUUCAAAACACACCAAACUUCUGAUCUCAUUUUUUCACUCAUCUUUUGAGUUUUUUAUUAUUGUUCCUAUGUCUCUCUUAAUAUCUAUCUCCAAGAAUAAUAGGUUACCGAUUGAAUAGAAAUGUGUUCAAAUCCAGAUAUGACUUCAAGCUCAUCAAUGCAAAAUGAAACAGCGGAAACGCACCCACAUAUGCACGCACGUCACAAAAUGUUUAGCAGAUCAGCGUUUGCGCAGAUACUGGCAAUUUUAAUGCAGAACUGUCUGCUCAUUGAAGUAGGACUUGAUACGGCGAUGCCAACCAUGGUCAUCGGUGCCCUCCACAAAAACCCCUCAGAGACGCUUAAUAUGAACGAUGAUGAGGCAUCCUGGUUUGUGAGCAUCCCGGCCAUCUUUUACCCUCUGUCCAGCCUCACGUCCGGCUACGUCCAAGAACUCCUCGGCCGGAAAAAAGCCAUGCUCCUCGUCACGAUCCCGACUUUCGCCGCUUGGAUGAUCUUAUACUUCGCCCAAUCCAUCUACACUCUGUACGCUGCCUCCACACUCAUGGCUUUGUGUAACGGUCUCACCGAAGCGGCCAUCCACUCAUACGUCGGUGAAAUUGGGGAGCCGCAUCUAAGAGGGACCCUAUCCACCAUUUCCAUAUCCGCAAUGUUGUUCGGUGGACUCCUGAUGUUCGUUCUGGGAUACUUUUUUGAUUGGAGGACGGUAAUUUUGAUAUGCGGUGCAUACCCUAUCAUAACGUUCAUGGUCAUAAGUCAGUUACCAGAGUCUCCAACGUGGCUGAUUGUGAAAAAUCGGAAAGAAGAUGCCAAGCGAGCUUUGUGCUGGUUGAGAGGAUGGGUCAAACCUGAGGAAGUUGAGCAGGAAUUUCAGGCUCAUCUGAGCCACGCAGAGAGAUCUGUGAGUUCAAGUUUGGAGAAAUUAGUGUCAAAUGGCUCACUUGAAAAUCUUGAUUAUAUAAAGAUUCAGUUCACGGAGAUGGCAAAAGAGAGGGUUCUUCGUCCAUUGCGAAUGAUCUGCAUUAUGUUUAUCAUUUGCAUAACUGCCUACUGCUGGGCUAUAAGACCAUAUCAAAUCGGUGGUCUGAAAAAAAUGGGCUCUCCUGUAGAUCCUAAACUAGUUUUGAUAGGUGCACAGGUUUUCAUCUUCGUGGGUCUGAUGAUGAACGUUUUGUUUCUGCGGCGUUUUGGGAAGCGAAGAAUUGCGAUUUUUUCGUGCAGUAUAAUUGCUUUUUGCAUGUUUGGGAUCGGAUUCCACCAUGCUAAUCUCAAAGGCCGGGGAACGAACUUUCUUGCUUGGCUCCCGGUCAUCCUUUGGCUCACCAUUAAUUGUUUCGCUGGAUUUAGUGCAGCACUCUUGGCAUGGCAGCUGGUGUCUGAGGUCUUCCCUAUUGUAGGCCGUGGGCUUGCAAGUGGAGUUUCGGCAGCGUGGUCAAGUAUAGUGGUCUUCGUCAUGAUCAAAUCGUAUCUUUACAUAGAGGUGUGGAUUGGUUUAAGCGGAGUCAUGUACAUGUAUGGAACAAUCACAGCUCUCGGUGUUUUGUACCUCUAUUUCUACGUUCCAGAGACGGAGGGAAAAACUUUAGAGCAGAUUGAGUCGUAUUUCACUGAUAAUCAUGAUCCCGAGGAAAAAUUUUCAAUCGGAAAAUCAAAGUGAAAAAUUGAUAUGAGAUUUUUCAAAAGACGGCUGUGAUAAAAUAAUUGCGCAUCUGAUAAGAUAAGGGGCACCACUGAUAUCAGAUAUUGAUUGGCUGAUACAAACAUAGACUGAGACACGUUGCUGCAAAAAGGAACCAAGCUGCAUGCAAUUCCUUCACACAAAGUUCCUUUUAAUUAAUUGGUCUGAGUUUAAUGAAAAUGCAUCAAGUCACAUAAAAAAAAAAAAAAAAAAAAAAAAAAAAAAAAAAAAAA